UUCCGGUCUCUACCCGCCAUUCACCUCCUUGCUGUCCAACAGGAUGGAGGCGCCUUGUCUUCUGCAGCACGUGUACUAAUAAAGUCCAAUACCGCACUUUUCUCAGCUUUUAUUCUUUUUUCCACAGCCAUUGGAGGAGGUCAUCGUUUGAAGCACUAGAAGCCUCACUCCAGCUUUCCAUGUGAUUGCACAAACCCCCCCAGGAAUGGAGUCGAUGCCCGGACGAGAAUCCCGCAGCUCCUCCCCGAGUCCCAAGCAGGACGCACACCCCAACCCGCUGAAACCCAACCAGGUGAGCGAGACGUCCCUGUACGGAGUGCCCAUAGUCUCCCUGGUGAUCGACGGCAGGGAGCGGCUGUGCCUGGCCCAGAUCUCCAACACCCUGCUGAAGAACUACAGCUACAACGAGAUCCACAACCGGCGGGUGGCGCUGGGCAUCACCUGCGUGCAGUGCACCCCCGUCCAGCUGGAGCUGCUGCGGCGCGCCGGCGCCAUGCCCAUCUCGUCCCGGCGCUGCGGGAUGAUCACCAAGCGGGAGGCCGAGCGCCUGUGCAAGUCCUUCCUGGGCGCGCACAGCCCGCCCAAGCUCCCGGAGAACUUCGCCUUCGACGUCUCCCACGAGUGUGCGUGGGGCUGCCGUGGCAGCUUCAUCCCGGCGCGCUACAACUCCUCCCGCGCCAAGUGCAUCAAGUGCGGCUUCUGCAGCAUGUACUUCUCCCCCAACAAGUUCAUCUUCCACUCGCACCGCAUGCCGGAGUCCAAGUACAUGCAGCCGGACGCCGCCAACUUCAACUCGUGGAGGCGCCACCUGAAACUGACGGAGAAGAAACCCUCGGAUGACAUCAACCACGCGUGGGAGGACGUCAAAGCCAUGUUUAACGGCGGCAGCAGGAAGAGGACACUUCCGGUGCAGGGGGGGUCCGUCAAGCCCCAGGCGUCGUCCGCCCUGGGCCGCGCCGCGUCGCCGCCGGACGCGGCGCACAAACGCCUGCGCUGCGGCGACGACGAGCCGGGAGCGACGGCGGCGACGCACCCGAGUGGCGCGCGCAGCUACCCGCUCAUUCCCGUGCCGAGUAAAAACUUUAGCAUGCUGCAAAAAAUCCCCCCGCCUUUGUUCCCGCACCCGCCCUACGGCUUCGCGGGCUACGGCUUGUGUCCCAAAAAGAGCGACUGCGUGCCGGACGUCAGCAAAGCCAGCGUGCCUGGUGUGUUUUGGCCCGCCGGCAAGGACGCUAUCUACCCGGCCUUCCCCGUCUUCUGGCCCGCGGCGGGCGGCCUUCCGAUGCCGCCUUACCCCAAACCCCCGGAGGUCCCAGGCCCGGAUUUGUCACUGCCAGACCCCAGCGAGCGGGGGUCAAACACCACCAACAAAGACGCGGGGUCCAGCAACAGGAACGACGAGGACAAGUCCGUCGACGACACCCCGCACCGGAAGAUCGGUUACAUCUCCGCCUUCCGGCCGGUCGUCAAGGACGCGGAGACCAUCGCCAAGCUCUACGGGAGCCGGGACGGCUACGGUUACCUCUCCCCGGACUUCAUCAGCGAGACCUCCAGCUACAGGUCCGUGUCCCCGGACAGGGACACGGUGGAAGAGGACGACGAUGACGACGACGACCCGGACGUGGACGUGGAGUCCAAUCGGGGAGAAGAGGACGAGGAGCAGAUCCGUGGAACACCCGAGGAGCAGCUGGCGCCUUGCAGCCCCGCAGCAUCAGCAUCACCGCGGGACUCGCACAGCGCAUCGUCCGAGGAGGGGGAUGGAUCUCCGCUUCAUCAGGUGUUUGUGCAUGAAAAGGUGAUUGAGACGUUUGAGUCAUCGAGCUGCAGUCCCUGCAGAUCAGAAGGUGUGCAGCACCUGCCUGAACCGCAACGCAACAUCACAUAUCAGCAGCAAAAGGACAAACCAGCCAACGGAGCUUUACGCAUCGACAUAAGCGUGCAUGAACGAGAUCUGGAGAGGAUGGCAAAAGAGGAGUUGCAGAAGCAACUUGUGGAGCAGAUGGAGCUGCGGAAAAAGCUGGAGCGAGAGUUUCAACAUUUAAAAGAUAAUUUUCAGGAUCAAAUGAAGCGUGAGCUGUCCUACAGAGAAGAAAUGGUCCAGCAGCUGCAGUUUGUUCGAGAAGCUCACGACGCCCUUCACCAUUUCUCCUGCAAGAUGUUGACCCCUCGCCAGUGUAGUGGAGCCUGCACCACCUUUAAACCCCCGCUGCUGCCUCCUUAAAGUGCAACACACACACACACACACACACAUGCACACACACACUUUCACCAGGAGUGUCCAAACUUUUUGUUGGCCGCAUAUUGAAAAAUGACCGGAUAAUCCAUUUUGUACAUUAACGAUGCUGAAACCAAUCUACUGUAGGCCAAUAUUUGUAAAACUAUCUGAACUUACUUUGUCUUUUAGGUGGCACUUCAUACAUCUCGUUAAUAAUGAAGUCAUUCCAGUUUUCAGGAUGUGGGCCAAUAAAAGAAAAUGGACCCUGUUCUGAGUAGCUUUAAUGGCGCCCAAACAGCAACACGUGCAGCUCGCCACAAUAUGAAUAAUUUUUCCCCCUCAACCUUCGGGCGCCCUGUAACAACACAUUGGUGCAUUAUGUAAUAAUGUCAUGCAUUUUCACCUCACUGUGUACAUAAUAACGCUGCAUUUGGGAUUAAUCUAGCGCAGUGUUUUUCAACCUUUUUUGAGCCAAGGCACAUUUUUUGCGUUGAAAAAAUCCGGAGGCACACCAACAGCAGAAAUCAUCAUAUUUUAGUGGCUUUUUCUCUUGUUUUGGUAUUUUCCUGUCGCAGUUUCAUGUCUUCCUUUGAGCGAUAUUUCCCGCGUCUACUUUGUUUUCGCAAUCAAGGAUAUUUCACUUGUUUUUAUCCUUCUUUGUGGGGACAAUGUUGAUUGUCAUGUCAUGUUCGGAUGUACUUUGUGGACGUCGUCUUUGCUCCACAGUAAGUCUUUGCUGUCGUCCAGCAUUCUGUUUUUGUUUACUUGGUAGCCAGUUCAGUCUUAGUUUCGUUCUGCAUAGCCUUCCCUAAACUUCAAUGCCUUUUCUUAAGAGUACUCACCUUUUGUUUAUUUUUGGUUUAAGCAUUAGAUACCUUUUUACCUGGACACUGCCUCCCGCUGUUCCCGACAUCUACAAAGCAAUUAGCUACCGGCUGCCACCUACUGACAUGGAAGAGUAUUACACGGUUACUCUGCCGAGCUCUAGACAGCACAGACACUCAACAACAACACAUAGUUUGCAGACUAUAAUUACUGGUUUGCAAAAAAUAUUUUUAACCCAAAUAGGUGAAAUUAGAUAAUCUCCCACGGCACACCAGACUGUAUCUCACGGCACACUGGUGUGCCGCAGCACAGUGGUUGAAAAACACUGAUCUAGCGCAUUUUGUAAUCAAAUGAUUGAAUAACUUAAGUAUUGCAAAAGUUAUUACAAAAUGUGGGUGCUGCUCUUUUUUAACGUGAUAAACCAUUGAAAUUGAUGCCUUAAUCAGAAAAAAAAAACUAUCCCUACACCACAAAACAUUUACUCUUUAUGCAAAUGCAUCUUAAGAAUCCAGUAGGAAAUACAUUCAUUCAAUGUAACUUUAUUGAUUAUAAAGGAUAAUGGAUUAUAAAUUACAUAAAUGAUCUAUUACUGACAUGAAAAUGUUGGAAGACAUACGCUCAUGCAAUAUGGAUUAUGUUAUGAUAACACCAUUAUAUACUGAUACUAAGAAUAACAAAUACAAUUAUGAAACAGAAAAAAAUACAUUUAUUCUACCAAUGACCAAUUGUUUUUUUUCUUCUUUUUUUUAAAUGAUGAACAUAUAAAUAUUGAUGCGUUGCGUUGCUGUGUUAGAUUUUCUGAAUAAGGCAUUCAUUUACAUGGUUUUAUAAAUAAAGCACACAAUUGUUACAAAAAAAAGUGCAGCUCCUGUAGUUUGUAAUAUAUAAGGUAUUCUGUACCAAGUUAUUACAAAAUCACCCAAUUACAUAACGUGGUGACAUUUUUUAAAAUUAUUUUUUACAUUAUUACUCACGCAGCCAAAGGAUUUUCUGUUUAAUCCGAUUAAUAAUGAUUAAUCACAGAAUUUUUUACUCAGUGGUUUCAUUUUAAAUGAACUUCAAAAAGACCCCAAUAUUUGGAGACAAAGAACAUUUUAUUGUCAAUGUCUUUACACAAAACAUUUUCGUCCAUCCAUCCAUCCAUCUUCUUCCGCUUAUCCGAGGUCGGGUCGCGGGGGCAGCAGCUUAAGCAGGGAAGCUCAGACUUCCCUCUCCCCAGCCACUUCGUCUAGCUCCUCCCGGGGGAUCCCGAGGCGUUCCCAGGCCAGCCGGGAGAGAUAGUCUUCCCAGCGUGUCCUGGGUCUUCCCCGUGGCCUCCAACCGGUCGGACGUGCCCGAAACACCUUCCUAGGGAGGCGCUCGGAUGGCAUCCUGACCAGAUGCCUGAACCACCUCAUCUGGCUCCUUUCGAACAUUUUCAUAAUUUUCAUAUUUAUUUGCUCAAAACUGUUUAUCUAAAGUCCCAUCUGGGUUUAUUUUGAAGCUAAAUUUGCCAGAAGGAACACCAGUCGGUCUCCUCACUACUCCAUUUUUGCACGGACGUGUGCGUCCACCUGAUCACUGACCGCAUCACAACACACCUUUUAGGUAGCCAUCCGCGGUUAAGGUAAACGAGCAUGUGCGGUUACGAUAAAAUACGUGAUAAUCUGCAAAUAUACACGAUAAACGCGAUAUUUUUUUUGUUAAUAAUCGCCUGAGUUAACUCUUUAUUUUCUAUUACAUAAUGCACCAUUAUUACAUAAUGCAUUGUUACAGGCCCAUCUGGAAACUGCCCGUGUGCCCCAUGGCCAUAAGUGUGCCGCACUUUGGACACCCCUGGUGUAGAAGGUGAUCGUAUUACUCGAGUACACUCACUAACAAAUGUUUUUAUUACUUUAAGUUACGAAUCAGAUGUCAUGAGAAAAGCUCUUACCAAGAAGUCACCUGCUAUUUAACUAUUCUGAAAAGAAAAGGGGGUUAAAAAAAAUAAAA